GGAUGGAAAUGGAUGGGGUAUAUACUGACAACAACAAAGGAGGAUCCGAAUAAAACGGACCCUGUGUUGUAGUUUUGAGAUUGUUAGCUCUUUGUUGCUGUCCCUCUGCAAUUUUUUUUUUUUUCUUUUGAAAGCUUCUGUGUUAUUCUUUUCGCAUUCAGAGAAAAACAGAAACAGAGAGAGAAUAACACACAGAGACAGAGACAGAGGAAUCCUUGUUCCUUUCUGGGAACGACGAUUCCUCCUUUAUGCUUCUUCUUCUCCUCGCUUCUUCAACCUCACCUCUCAGGCGAUCUUCAUAGGUUCGUCUAGUUGUGGGGGGUUUCACAGUUGGUUUGGAAUGAGAAGAAAAUUUUCCCCUCUGUAAAUUUUCAAUUUGUUGAAGGUUAUUUCUUCUCAGAGAGAAUAUAUAGGCACGGUGCCUAAAUUUCUUUUCUGAGUUGGCACCAAUAUAUUUUAUUACAACAAUCCGAAAUGAUGUUAUCUAAGCUAUUGAAAAAGCUGGGAGCUUCCAUGGGGAUCUGUUCAUCCACAUCAAACAGGAAGACCAGAACUCAUAAAAGAAGGACCAGAUUUGGGAGACGUAGGACACACGCAACUGCUGCAUUGCCUGCCCUCCCUGCACUUCCUGAUGUGCCUUUGAAAGGAGACUACCCUCAUGGUGACUUUGUUCACUUUGAUUUCGAUAAGGGUCGCAUUUCCAAUGUCUCAAACAGAAAGUUUCAUCUUACCCAGCUCCAAUACCACAGCCACAGUCAACUCGAUCCAAACGGAACGUGCCAAGAUGAAGCAUGGUUUGAUUCUUCUAGCAUGAUAGAAUCUGAUUCAGAUGAUGACUAUAUCAGUGUCCACGGAGGGAGCAUCACAAAUACUCAGUUACUUCAGUAUGAAAGUUCAUCAUGCUUUGUGGAUUCAGAGGGCAAAUAUGAGGAAUAUUACGAGAGCUACCUUAAUAUUAACGACACGAAUCAUGUUCAGUCGAAUUCUCAAUCUUCUCAAAUUAAGCAGUCGACGGUUAUCAUGGUUUCCAUGAAGAGGACAUCUGUUGAUGGAAAUGAGAAGACUGAACUAUGUGCAUCUGAGAAGUUUCUAUAUCGUCCCAGAUCAGGGCUUCAAAUUCCAUGUUCAAAUGAGGAUAAGCCAUUGCCUGGUUCUUGGUCUGCUCUUUCACCUUCAGUCUUUAGUGUCCGCGGCAAAAACUAUUUCAGAGAUAAGCAGAAGUCCCCUGCUCCAGAUUUCAGCCCUUACAUACCCAUAGGUGCUGAUUUAUUUGUCUGCCCAAAGAAAAUAAAUCACAUUGCUCAGCACAUUGAACUCCCUUCAAUCAAAGCACACGACGAAGUACCUUCUCUCCUUAUUAUAAACAUACAGUUGCCUACGUACAGUGCAAGCAUGUUCGGUGAUAACGAUGGGGAGGGCAUGAGUCUUGUGUUAUAUUUUAAAGUGUCUGAGAAUUUUGACCAAGAGAUCUCUUCUCACUUUCAGGAAAGCAUCAAGAAAUUGGUAGCUGAUGAGAUGGAAAAGGUGAAAGGAUUCGCAUCAGAAAGCACGGUUCCAUUUAGAGAAAGACUAAAGAUUUUGGCUGGUGUGGUCAACCCAGAAGAUCUUCAUCUUAGUUCUGCAGAGCAGAGGCUUAUAAAUGCUUAUAACGGCAAACCAGUGCUUUCGCGUCCUCAGCACAAUUUCUUUAUGGGCCCUAACUACUUUGAGAUCGACCUGGAUAUUCAUCGAUUUAGCUACAUAUCUAGGAAAGGGCUUGAUGCACUUCGAGACCGUACAAAGAAUGGAAUACUUGAUCUGGGCUUAACCAUCCAGGCACAAAAGCCAGAAGAAUUGCCAGAGCAAGUAUUGUGCUGUGUACGUUUAAAUAAGAUCGAUUUUGUUAACCGUGGUCAAAUCCCUACUCUUGUAACUCUACAAGAGAACUAACUAAUUCAGGUGGUUUAAAUGGGUAAGAGCGAGCUUCUUUCCCUGCUAUUUUCAAAUGGAGAAGAAAACAAUGAGGAAGGAUGACUUGUAAAGAAUUAAGCCUAUUUGGUUCCAAAACCAUACCUUUUCUAUCUGGAGAGGGGGG